AUGGCAGCACUCUUCUCCAAGCUGUUCAGCGCCACCUCGUCCCUCACUUCCUGCAAUCGAUCGGCGAGGAGGAGACCAGUUUCUCACACCAGGCGCGCACCGCUCAAGCAGCCAAGGGAUGUUCACCUUGGCGGAGGUACCCGCACUAUGAAGAGACGCGCGCCGGGAGGAGGCGGGGUCGCCAAAAAGUCCAACAAUAACAACGAGCUCUUGCUCCUGAACGACGAGCCCUCCUCAGAACCUUCUGGCACCAUUGGCGCAGCUUCGGCUCGGUUCUUCCAGAGGGAUGCCCGGGGCUCGGUGGGAUCGGAGACUCCCGCGUUAGGACGCCAAGCCGGCGGCAUGAUAUGCAACAAGAACGGCGACUGUCGAAGGGAGCCCACCAGCUCCGGGAGCCUCUCAUCACUCAUAUCCCGACAAGAGAAGCACGCCGAUGGGGGUGUAGAGGCCGUAGAGGGCGGCAAGGCAGCAAGCAUGGACGGGUCGGCGGUGUCGGACGGACCCGGGGCGGAGGUCAAGAGCGCCGCGGGGAUGGAGAAAAAGGACUCCCGGGUGUCUUUCUCCAACGCGCCGGGUGGUAGAGGGCACACCCCGACUCAACUGUCCAGGAAAUCGUCCACAAAAGCGACGGAGGACGGCUCCCUAAUCGUGGCCGACGAUGGAGAGCCCAGCCGGGGCCAGACGUACAUGCAGCGGCAGUUUAGCUCCAUGCUUCAGCCCGGGGUCAACAAGUUCUCCCUGCGGAUGUUCGGCAGCCAGAAGGCAGUGGAGAAAGAGCAGGAGAGGGUGAAGUCGGCGGGGAACUGGAUCAUACAUCCUUACAGCGACUUCAGGUUCUACUGGGACUUCACUAUGCUCCUAUUCAUGGUGGGCAACCUUAUUAUCAUCCCGGUGGGCAUCACUUUCUUCAAGGACGAGACCACCACGCCGUGGAUCAUCUUCAACGUUGUGUCUGAUACCUUCUUCCUCAUGGACCUGGUGCUCAACUUCCGCACGGGCAUCGUAUUCGAGGACAACACCGAGAUCAUCCUGGAUCCCAAGAUGAUCAAGAGGAAAUACCUGCAGAGCUGGUUCGUGGUGGACUUUGUCUCUUCCAUUCCGGUGGAUUACAUCUUUCUCAUUGUGGAGAAGGGCAUCGACUCUGAGGUGUACAAGACGGCACGAGCGCUCCGAAUCGUGCGCUUCACUAAAAUUCUUAGCCUGUUGCGCCUGCUGCGUCUCUCCAGACUCAUCCGUUACAUCCACCAGUGGGAGGAGAUAUUCCACAUGACGUACGACCUGGCCAGCGCCGUGAUGCGAAUAAUCAACCUGAUAGCAAUGAUGCUGCUGCUGUGUCACUGGGAUGGCUGCUUGCAGUUCCUGGUUCCCAUGUUGCAAGAUUUCCCUUCUGAUUGCUGGGUUUCCCUCAACAAGAUGGUGAAUGACACGUGGAGUGAGCUCUACUCCUUUGCCCUCUUCAAGGCCAUGAGUCACAUGCUGUGCAUCGGCUAUGGACGGCAAGCCCCCGAGAGCAUGUCGGACAUUUGGCUCACCAUGCUCAGUAUGAUCGUUGGUGCCACCUGCUAUGCCAUGUUCAUUGGCCACGCCACAGCGCUCAUUCAGUCUCUUGACUCAUCCAGGCGACAGUACCAAGAGAAGUACAAACAAGUGGAGCAGUAUAUGUCUUUCCACAAGCUACCGGCAGACUUCCGGCAGAAGAUCCAUGACUACUACGAGCACCGAUAUCAGGGCAAGAUGUUUGAUGAGGAGAGCAUUCUAGAGGAGCUUAAUGAGCCUCUCAGAGAGGAAAUCGUAAACUUCAAUUGUCGCAAGCUAGUGGCGUCCAUGCCACUGUUCGCCAACGCAGACCCCAACUUCGUGACGGCCAUGCUGACCAAGCUGCGCUUCGAGGUCUUCCAGCCGGCUGACUAUGUGGUGCGCGAGGGCACUAUUGGCAAGAAGAUGUACUUCAUCCAGCACGGUGUGGUCACUGUGCUAACCAAAGGCAAUGUGGGCAUGAAGCUGGUUGACGGCUCCUACUUUGGAGAGAUCUGUCUGCUGACUCGAGGCCGACGGACGGCCAGCGUGCGGUCGGACACAUACUGCCGCCUGUACUCGCUCUCUGUGGACAACUUCAACGAAGUCCUGGAGGAGUACCCCAUGAUGAGGCGCGCCUUUGAGACGGUCGCCAUCGAUAGGCUCGACAGGAUAGGCAAGAAGAACUCCAUCCUGAUGCACAAAGUACAACACGAUCUCAACUCUGGGGUGUUCAACAACCGCGAGACUGAGAUGAUCCAGGAGAUUGUCAAAUACGAUCGCGAAAUGGUUCAAAAGGUGGACGUGCCACGACCGCAGCCCUUGUCUCUAACAUCGCCUCAGCACAGUGGGAUUUUUACUCCACCAGUUUCCUCUCAACAGCCCCAAAGUUCUGCUAUUGGCACCUUGCAGCAGGCUGUAGCCAUGAGCCUUUGCCCCCCUAUGCAAGGGAACUCAGCAGGGGCCGGGAUGUUGCAGUCUCCCAGGAUAGUGAGAAGAUUCCAGGUUUUGCAGAAUGCAUCUAGCCCUGGCUCGCCCUUGCAGUCGCAACUCAUUGCUUCUGGUGCUUUUGCUCCAGCCAUGUCAAGCCCUACUGUCCAGAGCCCCCGUUCGUUCCCUUACGGAUCCAGCGUCAUGGCUGGUCCUGCCACAGGAUCACAACUAUCUUUAGUCCAACAACACACUGCAAGCCCUGCACACAGACCCAGCACCCAUAAGAGUACGCAUUCUUUGCCAAUGGGGACCCUGAGCCAUGACACAAGGGCGCUGUCGGCCUCUCAGCCCUCAUUGCCACAUGAGGGGAUGCACUUGGCGGCCCCCAGUCCACCCCCAUCCACGCGAGUUUCCUCUAUUUCCAUUGGACCUGCUCAGACCCCGUCAGGCCAUGCGGGGGUCUGCAGUGCUAUACCACACAGGAUCGUGCUGCCGCACCAAUUGUCAGUAGGAGCCUUCGGGACCGUUGCAGGGUCCACCUUAGGAACACCUGUUGGGGACUUGGUACGACCCAAGAAGGACUCCAUCGUAAGCCUUCCGGAGACGGAGCAAAUUAAAGUCAGAUCUCGAUUAUCCUCGAACUUGUGA